CGCUGGCGCGCGCAGCCACCCCGGGAAGCCGCGGGAGCGGGACCCGCGCGCCUGCCCCGAGAGGCCUGUCCCGCGGCCGGCCCGAGGGACCUGCAGCCGACACUGUUGAGCACGGGCGACCAUGGUCCCGGGCGACAGCCCCGAGUGCCCCCGCGCCCACAAGGACCGCGCCGCCCAGCAAGUGACCGUCGGAGACCGCGAGAGCUGCAGGGCCCACCUCCACCAGCUGAUCGCCAAGGAGGUGCGCAUCCGGGCGGGCGCCGAGAACCUGUACAGAGCCACCAGCAGCGCCCGGGUGAGGGAGACGGUGGCCCUGGAGCUCUGCCGCAUCAACCACAGCCUGCAGCUGCUCAGGGAGGAGCUGCAGGGACUCAGCGGGGGCACCAUGGAUGGAGAUCCGCCCGCCAGUGCCAGCGUCACUGUCCCCCUCAUUCCCCUGGGCCUAAAGGAGACCAGGAGGCUGUACUGGGCCCCAGCCCUGAAGGAGCUGAUUUCGGGGCACUUCGGAGAGGACAGCACAUGCUAUGAGGCCGAGAUCCAGGAGCUGGAGGAGCUGCGGCAGGCCAUGCGGAUCCCAAGCCGGAGUGAGGCCGGCCUGGAGGUGCUCACAGCGUACUACACACAGCUGGACUUCCUGGACAUGCGUUUCGUGGCCCCCAGCAAGGGCUUGCAGCUGCUCUUCCACUGGUACGACAGCAUCACGGGGGUCCCGGUACAGCAGCGGGCCCUGGCCUUUGAAAAGGGCAGCGUCCUCUUCAACAUUGGGGCCCUUCACACCCAGAUUGGGGCGGGCCAGGACCGCACCUGCGCCACUGGCACCGGCCGUGCAGUGGAUGCCUUCCAGAAGGCUGCCGGGGCCUUCCGCCUUCUACGUGAGAGCUUCUCCAACGCGCCCAGCCCAGACAUGAGUCCGCCGUGGCUCCUAAUGCUGGAGCAGCUCAUGACAGCGCAGGCCCAGGAGUGCGUCUUCCAGGGGCUCUCCCUGCAGGCCUUCCAAGGCUGCCCUGCCCAGCUGCGCCUGGCCCAGGAGGCCGCUCAGGUGGCCGCUGAGUACAGGCUGGUGCAUGGAGCCAUGGCCCAGCCAGCCCUCCGCGACCUCGUGCCGCUGGCCUGGGCCGCCCUGGCGCUGGUCAAGGCCGAACACUUUCGGGCGCUGGCUCACUACCACGCGGCCCUGGGCCUCUGCGACGGGCCGGUGGCCUGGGCGGACCUGAAGCGCGUCUUCGCGGCCUCCGGGGCCCCAGCAGCAUCGCCGGAGCCCGAGGAGCGCAGGAGGCUGGGCCAGGCCCACCUGAGGCGCGCCCUCCUGGGCCACGAGCGCGCCCUGCGGCUGCACGCGCGGGGGCGAGCGCUGCGCACGCUGGACCUGCUGCAGGCCGCGCUGGCCCAGGCGCUGCGGCGGACGCUGACCAAGUACUCUGAGCUCGACCGCGAGGAUGACUUUGGCGAAGCCGCGGAAGCCCCUGACGUCCGACCUGAGACCCAGCAGCGGCCCGAAGCCAGGACCCCCAGUUUCUCCCGGCUGGAGGCAGCUGACAUCUUCCGCAGACUGGGGCCCCUGCCUGUGUUCUCAGCCAGGAACCGGUGGCGACUGGUGGGGCCUGUGCACGUGGCGCCAGGAGAGGGCGGCUUCGGCUUCACACUGCGGGGGGACGCACCAGUCCUCAUAGCCGCUGUCAUCCCGGGGAGCCCGGCCGAGGUGGCCGGCCUGAAGGGCGGGGACUACAUCGUGUCUGUGCGGGGGCAGCCCUGCCGGUGGUGGCCGCGUGCAGAGCUGGUGACCCAGCUGAGGGGCAUCGGUGCUGAGGGUGUGAGCCUGCAGGUGGCCACCCCACUGCCUGGCCCUGAGCCACCUGCCAUGGGGACCUACUGAGGAUCCAGGCACCUGUGAUACCAGCCCUGGACCCCACCAACUGGAGCCACAGAGCCCAGAGGGACAGGACCCCACCUGUGCUGCUGGGGCUGGGGCAAGGAGGGGCCCUGCACCCCAGAGGUCCUUCAGGCCAGUUUGUUGCCCCUGCGUAGCAGUUAUUAAAGACUGUGUGAGCUAAGA